UCUUUUCCUCUUCUUUUCCUCUUCGUUUCCCUCCUCUUCCUUCAACUUUACCUCUUCCUCCACCUUUCCCCUUCGCUUCCACCCUCUUUUCUUCUUCUUCCUUUCUUCCUCGCUCCCUUCUUUUCCUCUUCCUCUUUUUCUCCAACUUCUCCUCUUCUUCCAACUUCUCCUUUACUUCCUCUUCUACUCCUCUUUCUUCUUUUUCAUCUUCUAUCCCCAACUUUUCCUCCUUUUCUUCUUCCUUUCCUUCUCCUCUUUCUUCUUUCCCCUCCUCUUCCUCCAACUUCUCCUUUUCUUUCCUCUUCUCCUCUUUCUUUUUUCCCUCCUCUUCCUCCAACUUUUUCUUCUUCUUCUUCCUUUCCUUCUCCUCUUUCUUCUUUUUCAUCUUCUUUCCCCAACUUUUCCUCCUUUUCUUCUUCUUCCUUUCCUUCUCCUCUUUCUUCUCUCCCUUCCUCUUCCUCCAACUUCUCCUUUUCUUCUUCCUUUCCUCCUCUUUCUUAUUCCCCUCCUCUUCCUCCAACUUUUUCUCUUCCUCCUCCUCCUCUUCUUCUUCUUCUUCUUCCUCUCUUUUUCCUCCUCCUCUUCCUCCUCCCCUUCCUCCUUCCCCCUCCUCCACUUCCUCCAGCCAUGGCCAUGCUGCUGGAGGGCGCCGCUCCCUUCCCUUCCUUGGGGGGCUUCGGCCCGGCCCGCCCCCCGCACCACCACCACCACCACCCGCACGAGGUGGCGGCCGCCAUGGGCCUCAACGCCCCGCACCACCCCUUCGCCGAGCCCCCCUUCAAGCUGGGACCCCACGGGGAGCUCCCUUCGGCCUCUUCCUCGUCCUCCUCCUCCUCUUCGUCCUCCUCCUCGGGGCAGAGCUCGGCCUUCACCCCGCAAGGCGCUGCUGCUGGCUACCACCACCACCAUCACCAUCACCACCCUCCUCCUCCUCCACCACCACCUCCUCCUCCUCCGACGCACCCGCACCACCCUCACCACCCUCACCACCACCCUCCUCACCCCACCGGGGCCCAAGUGCCUUCUCCGUACGCCUUCAACAGCCCCCGGGACUUCCUUUUCCGCAACCGAGGAGGGGAAGUCUCCCCUCCGGGAGGAGGAAACGGCCACGGCUCGUCCACGCAGCACCACGUCUUCGGGCCCAGCCCCACCACUUUGAGCGACAGCCCCUAUUUGCUCUUCCCGGCUUUGCACGACCCCCAAGCGGCCUCCCCGGCAUCGGAGAGCGGACCUUUGGGGCUCUUCGGACGGCCGGAGCCCUACCGAGGGGUACCCAGCCCCAGAGGAGACCCCUACGGCGGCGCCGCGGGCCCUUUCCACGCCAACUACGCGCCCAUGAACAUGGGGGGCGUCAACGUGGUGGCCCACCACCACCACCACCACCCUCACCACCACGGCGCGGGGGCUUUCUUCCGCUACUUGCGCCAGCCCGGCAUCAAGCAGGAGCUGUCCUGCAAGUGGCUGGAGGAGGGGGCGGAUGGCGGGGCCCCCGCUUCCCCGCCAUCGCGGAAGACCUGCGACCGGAGCUUCGGCAGCCUCCACGAGCUGGUGAGCCACGUGACCCUGGAGCACGUCGGGGGUCCCGAGCAGAGCCAGCACACCUGCGCCUGGGAGGAGUGCCCCCGCCGGGGAAAGGCCUUCAAGGCCAAGUACAAGCUGGUCAACCACAUCCGCGUCCACACCGGAGAGAAGCCCUUCCCCUGCCCCUUCCCCGGCUGCGGGAAGAUCUUCGCCCGCUCCGAGAACCUCAAGAUCCACAAGAGGACCCACACAGGUGAGAAGCCCUUUAAGUGUGAAUUCGAAGGCUGCGACCGCCGCUUCGCCAACAGCAGCGACCGGAAGAAGCACAUGCAUGUCCACACGUCGGACAAGCCCUACAUCUGCAAAGUCUGCGACAAGUCCUACACGCACCCCAGCUCCUUAAGGAAACACAUGAAGGUCCACGAAACCCAAGGGUCUGAAUCCUCUCCUGCGGCCAGCUCUGGCUACGAAUCCUCCACUCCUCCGGCCAUUUCGGCCGCCCCGAUGAGCAAAGACUCGGCCACCAAACCUCCCUCCUCUUCACUUCCUCCAUCCUCAUCCUCCUCCUCCGUCCAGACUGCCAACCCCGGCCUCAACCCUGGGAUCCCCCCUAAUUUUAACGAAUGGUACGUUUGAAGAAAGAAACCCAACUAAACAAAGAGACAAACCCUUAAAUCCUACUCUCCUCCCCCCAAAAAAGUCUCUUUUUCUCAAAGCAAGUGACCCGUAGAGAACCGAGAGGAUUUCCUGGCCACUCCGCAGGACACCGCAUUGAUCCCUUGGCCUCACGAUUGGAGUUUACAGGACACACAAAAAAUAAUCCAGGAGGAAGAGACCCAGAAUAUAAGAAAACGGAGUGUUUUGAUGUGUGUGUUGGAGGGGGAGAUUGGCUUUUUGUUUUCCCCUUACCCAAGAGCCAGCAGCUGGACUUUUAUCAUGUCUAUUUUUCUCAGGAUUAGCGAUUUCUUAAUAUUUUAUUUCAAUUUAUUUUUUUUGGCAUUGAGAGUUAUUCCUCGUCCGAGAACGGAUUCGCCGUCUCGUUCUCUCCCCCCCUCUUUUAUUUUUCUUUUCCCACAUUCUUCUCUUCCGUCGUUGGACUUCAGCGGAUAUUUCACACCUCUUUUUUAGUGGGACGUUCAGAGAGAAAGAACAGACUUUUGUCCCUUGGCCUUAGUUGUGAUUGUUAAAAAAAAUACAUAGAAAAAAUGGAGAAAAAAAACAGUCUUAAAACUUGCCAAAGUCC